CAGACUAAAAAGACUUCAUCACACAGAAGACCAUGGAAAUCUAAAUCUAGGUGUAAAACCUACAUGAGAAUUCCCACUGGAAAGUUCCCAUGCCAAGAGUGUGGAAAAAGCUUCUGUCAUGCAGGAAACUUUGCAGCGCACAUGAGAGUUCACACUGGGGAGAGGCCGUACAUGUGCCAACAGUGUGGAAAAAGCUUCUAUCAUGCAGGAAACUUGGCAGCGCACAUGAGAAUUCACACUGGGGAGAAGCCUUACUCUUGCUCUCAGUGUGGAAAGAGUUUUAAUCUAAAUGGCACCCUUGAAGUCCACAUGAGAACACACACUGGAGAGAGAAGUUUUACUUGCACACAGUGUGGGAAAAGUUUUUCUCAAAAACAAAACCUUGACACCCACAUGAGGAUUCACACUGGAGAGAAACCUUACACAUGCACAGAGUGUGGUAAAAGUUUCCCAUAUAACAGCUCACUCAAACACCACAUGAUAAGUCACGCCGGAGAGAAGCCGUUUGCAUGUGCUCAGUGUGGAAAGAGCUUCACAUCCAAAUCUAGCCUCAUGAACCACAUGAAUGGUCACACUGGAACCAUAGUGUUCACAUGUGAUCAGUGUGGAAAGAGUCUCACACAUAAAGACUCCAUUAAGAGCCACAUGAUGAUUCACUCAGGAGAGCGUUUUAGAUGCAGUGAGUGUGGAAAGGGCUUUAAACAUAAAAGCAGCCUCAGCGCUCACAUGAAGCUUCACAAUGGAGAGCAGAGUCCUCAAAAAUGAGGUCUUGUCCACACAAACAUGAGUAUAUUUAAAACAGCAGCUUGUUCAUGUAGUUUGGCUGUUCAUUUACGAGAAGUUUAAUUAUAAACUACUUUCAAGAGGAUCACAUGCAUUAGCUGCAUUAGUUGCACAAUUCUGCAUUAGCUAACACAUGAUUCACCAAUCAGAUGAAUCCUAACUCACUGUAAAUACCCAGAGUUUUUACCUCAGUUACCUUCGUCUUGAAGAAGCACCUUUCACAAUUACAGCCUCGAGUCUUUUUGAAUCCAAUGCCACAAGCUUGGCACACCUGUCUUUGAAAAUUUUGCCCAUUCCUCUUAGCAGUACCUCUCAAGCUUUAUCAGGUUGGAUGGGAAUUGAAGGUGUACAGCCAUUUUCAGAUCUCUCCAGAGAUGUUCAAUAGGAUUUAGGUCCGGGCUCUGGCUGGGCCACUCAAGGACAUUCACAGAGUUGUCGUGAAGCCACUCCAUUAGCCGCAUAUCCACUGUCGGGCCAGUGUGAGCCAGGGCUUUUAUUGGACCGGGCUGAGCCAAUCGCUCGGGAGGUAGAGCAGUGAGGCCAAAGUCAUGUCGAGUUUCCACUGUCAGGCUAGUAGCUCGCAGCGCAUCACGCAAAUCCCACUCCCAGAAAGUCCCCCGAAUCAAACAUCACACAACCCUCCCACUUCAGCGGGAAUCAGGCAGAUAAAGCACACCAUCGCAUUAUCACAAGAGCAUUAAAAUAAAGACAACCGAAACAAGAAAACGACACGAUACUGUACAGCAGUACAUUAUAUGUCUAUACUGUGUGUUAUCAUUCAUCAUAUUCAUUUACUCACCGACCGACUGUUGGCAUUGAAAAAUCGAGUGGUCUCGCCAGCGCAUGGAGCGCACCAUCCAUAAUAUAACACCACAGAAAUUCUCUGUUAAUAACUCGGUAGAAAAUGUAGUUUAUAACAUCCUCAUUUAGAUAUACGCUGUCAAACAUUCAGCCCAAAUGCUCCAGAGAGCCCUGAAACAUUUAUUUUUCCCUAUAGGCUAUAUGACACAAUAGGUGAUUCCCCUUUAUUUUAGGAUGUUGCAUAUUAUUCUGUGAUCUUAAGUAAAGGAACGUGUUAAGUAUUUCAGCACAUAAGAGCAAGUAAUAAAAUAUAGCCUAUAGUUUGUUGCGCUCAGCAGCUUUUCACUAAUAAAGCUCUUCAUGUAUUUAAAAUUUCAUUUUUAAAUUUUAGCACGUCAUAUAAAACAUAAACACUUGUUUGAGGACACAGAGCACAUUUUGUAUUUGCAGUUUUCCUCGAUGCGUUUGUCAAGAGGCGCUGCGCAGGACAGAAAAAAAGGCAGCCUAUUUCUGCUUUCACUCGCCCAUAAAAUGCUCUGUUUGCACGAUUUGAUUCAUAUC